AUUAUACACCCCCCCCACCACCGUCAUCUGCCCCCUUUAGCCUGAGACAGAACCACCCUUCUUCCAGCUGACAGGUCCUCUUUGUAGACUGAUCCGUAUUCUGCACAGUACUGCGAGGAUUUAUGGAUCCCAGAAUCCUCUCUGUGAAGCUGGAACUGUGAUUGGACAGAGAUCCCCCCGGUGGGGCUCAUCGGCGUGUCGCAGAGGGGAGCCGCCUUCUGAUCAUGAUCGCACUGAGACACAGACUGGUCGGAUCAGUGGAGAGCAGGUGUGGGUGCAGCUGAGGCAUCGCACGGCUCCAGUGGGAGAUGUCGGCAAAGGGCCUGGGAGCUGCGCGGCGCAGGAGGACGCGCUGCCGAAAGUGUGAAGCCUGUGUGCGCACCGAAUGCGGCGAGUGUCACUUCUGUAAAGACAUGAAGAAAUUUGGGGGUCCGGGGCGCAUGAAGCAGUCUUGUCUGAAGAGACAGUGCACAGCGCCCGUACUCCCCCAUACUGCCGUGUGUCUUCUGUGCGGAGAUGCCGGGAAGGAAGACACUGCCCAAGAUGAGGAUCAGAAGUUUAAUCUGUCGCUCAUGGAAUGUACCAUUUGUAAUGAGAUUGUUCACCCCGGCUGUAUCAAGAUGGGCAAAGCCGAAGCGGUUAUUAACACUGAGAUUCCAAACUGCUGGGAAUGUCCAAGAUGUAAGCGUGAAGGGCGGACCUGCAAGGAUCCCCUGGACGGAUCGGGGAAAAAGCGUCCUGAUAACGGUGAAGACGCUGUGCGAUGGAAACUGACGGACGAUACUGCCCCGGGUAAGAAGAAAACCGAUGAGAAUCAGGGACACAAAAGGAAGAAGGAGCCGGUGCAGGAUGUGGCAGCGAAGAAAAAGAUAAAGGCUGAGAAAGAUAAGAAAAUUAAAAAGGAACCUCAGACGCCAACGGAACCCACUCCAGUGCUGGACCGCUCCCACCAGCGAGAGAAGAUCGAGCGCUUCAAGCAGAUGUGUCAGAUGUUGGAGAGAGCUCGCAGCACCACCUCCAGUUCCAGCUCCGAUUCCGACUCGGAUUCCGACUCCAAGGGCUCGCCGGGGAGCAGCGGGACAGGGGAAGGCGGGGAUAGCAGGACCUCGCGUGUCAGCUUCAGUACCAGCUCAGACGAGGAAGACGAUAAAGGAAGCUCUACAGAUGGACAAAAUGGCACCAGGAACGGCAAACAGAAGUCGCCGAGAUCAAAUUGCCGGGAGAAGGAGAACCGGAGAAGCACGGGGGCCGCUGUUAAGAAGGGAACUUGUAGCAGAAAUGCGGUACAACCCUUGUCCAGGAGCCAACUCUUAAAAAGGCCGCUGGUCCCCUCUCCGCCAAAGCCCCCUCCCCUGCAGCUAGAGAGACACGUGGUACGACCCCCUCCACACAGCCCUGAACCAGACUCUCUUCCCCUGGACAGUGGAACGGACCAUGUCAUGCAGAGGGGGGUCUGGCUAUCUGUGUUCAGGCACUUGGGACAGAAGGAGCUGUGUGUUUGUAUGCGGGUGUGCCGAACCUGGAACCGGUGGUGCUGCGAUCGACGCCUCUGGACCUCCAUCGACUUGAGCAGGCGGAAAUCAAUCACCCCUCCGAUGCUAAGUGGUAUAGUCCGACGACAGCCGGUCAGACUAGACCUGAGCUGGACCAACAUAUCUGAGAAACAGCUGACCUGGCUGAUACACAGACUGCAGGGAUUAAAGGAGCUUCUAUUGGCUGGCUGUACAUGGAGCGCAGUCUCCUCUCUGUGCACGGCCUCCUUCCCCUGCCUGUCUCUGCUGGACCUCGGCUGGGUACAGGGCAUGAAAACCUCCCACCUCCGAGAGCUGCUCUCAGCCCCCUCCACCGACUGCAAGACAGUUGUGUCGGACCCCCGGGGCCGGUUGCCCUCCCUCUCUGAGCUGCGCCUGUGCGGUUUGGAUAUGGGGGACUCCGCCCUGCGUUUGCUGCUUCGCCACACUCCUCGUCUCAACCGGCUGGAUCUUAGUCACUGCGUCCAAAUCAGUGAUCACGGGAUCCACAUACUGACCGCAGUCACCUCUCCGCUGAGGGACAGCCUCACUCACCUCAACCUCACAGGGUGUCACCGUCUGACUGACCAAUCUUUGGCCUUCUUCAAGCGCUGCCCCCACCUGCAGUUGGUGGACCUGCGUUCCUGCCGCCUCCUCACCAGCGAGGGUUUUCAGCGGUUGCUUCAGGAUCCUCCCUCCGAGCCCAACGUGAAACCCUUCCAAUGCGCCGAGGAGCAAGUCCUGAGCCGGGAGACCUAGCGGUGCAAGGAAAGGCCUCUCCACACGGCACUCCUGCCCCAGAAAAAGGGGGCUAUUCUACUGUAUCUGCCUCUUCUACCUGCCCAGAUACUGCUGCUGGGCCUGGAAAGUGAGGUUGCACUGAACUCCUUGACUUGACGCUGCAAAUGUGCCAGCCAGCGGUAGCCGGAAGCUGUCGCUGCGUCUGAGAUUUGAGCGGUUCUUCGUUGGGGGGGGGAAGGAACUUUUCACCUGGACUUGACCGUUGGGGUGUGGACACCUCGAAUAUAUUAAAGUGUAGGGGGGGGGGGGACACAGAUGGGCUCAAUACCUCUUUUGCAGCCCAUCGUGGGCUUGUUAAAUCCAUGGUCGCCCUUUCUCUACCCCUGCUGCAUUCUCCUGACAUGAGGCAAUGCAUGCACGGCAGCGCUAGCGCAUGCCAAGGAGAGGGGCAACGGUUUACUGUUAUUAAAGGGUCUGGGUCGUGUUUUUUUUUUUUCUCUCCAGGGGGUGGGUUAAACUCUGCAGGAUGGAUUUAAGGGGUUUGGGAUGUACUUGAUGCCACAUAGUUUCUUUUUUCGGGGAGGGUGGUGGGGAGGAACAGAGGGUUGCUGGGUAAUUCGGGGUACAAAACUGCAGGGUUCUAAGGGUUCAGCUUAUUUGCUCACUGAAUCCCGUCCCGCUAAAGGCGCUUAGGAGGGUUUGAGAGGCAGAAGCGCCUCUAGCCUUAUUCUCAGGGUAAGGGCGAUCUGUGCCUGGCGUGUCACGGUGCCGGGCACAUUGAUACCGAGUAACUUCUUAUCUCACUGGUGUUAUUAAAGUUUUACUCCACCCA